AUGCUCGGAUAUCACAUCCGGAUUGCAUUCAAUAAGUCUCAAGCAUCUCACUCUCAGUCGGACAACGUAAUCGUACCCGAAUCGAUCUUCCAAACUCUACCGUCACACAGCAAGCUACCUCGUUCACAAGGGCGAGAGGAUACCUUCGAGAGCGGUACGGACUACAGGCUAGGUCCCAUCAGUAUUGACUGGAUGGACAUCGAUCAGUCAUCAGACGUUCAACAACGCAAGACGUCUGUGAGCGGGAAAGAGCGGCAACGACAGCCUACACGAGGUACCGCUACGGCAAGCUUCAUCGAACGCUCCCGUUCGAAGUGCGGAACCACCUACCUGCCGGAAGGCGUCGUACACGUGUACCGCGAUUCUGCUCCUCCACACACCGUUCGGGAUCAAGAAUUUCCCGCCUUACCAUCCAGCGCAAUCGGAAAUGCUGACGUUGACGGGGUCAUGCUUGGCGUUCUUGCUGUACCUUCGUGGAUGAACCCAUCAGACUUCCUGGCAUUCGUCGCGCCGGCCGCUGACGGGAUCACACACCUGAGGAUGAUAAGAGACUCAGCGCCGAACCGAUCUAUCACCGUCAUCAAGUUCCGAAAGGCGUCCGACGCGGCCGAGUUCGCGGAAGCGUACAAUGGGAAGGCUUUCAACUCGAUGGAGCCUGAAAUUUGCCACGUCGUUCAUGUGUCAUCAGUCAUCAUUGACCCCGAGGACUCGACAUCUGUGGCAAUCUCUCGACUAGCAGAAGGUUCCGCGUACGAGCUGCCGACAUGUCCUGUGUGCUUGGAGCGCAUGGACUCUGCCGUCACCGGCCUGGUGACGGUACCAUGUUCUCACACUUUCCAUUGUUCCUGUCUCAGCAAGUGGGGAGACAGCCGUUGCCCGGUGUGUCGAUACUCCCAGACUCUACUUUCGUCGCACCCGGUAUCAUCGACCUCGCGCCGGCCGGCACCGUUCACGCCUCCAUCAACUUCCACCUCCACCUGCUUCGACUGCGCGUCCACGACCAACCUCUGGAUUUGCCUGAUCUGCGGGAACAUCGGCUGCGGCCGGUACGGCCGCGCACACGCCCAGGCACACUACCAGCGGACGACGCACUUAUACGCGCUCGAGCUCGAGACGCAGCGCGUGUGGGACUACGCCGGGGACGGCUACGUGCACCGGCUGAUCCAGAACAAGGCCGACGGCAAGCUCGUCGAACUGCCCAGCGCGAGCAUGAGCGGCGCGGCGAUGCGCGACGGGUCGGCCAGUGGAGCAGGGCCAGGGCCCGCGGACGCCCUGAGCGCGGAGAAGAUUGAGGCGAUCGGGAUCGAGUACUCGUACCUGCUCACGUCCCAGCUUGACUCUCAGCGCGAGUAUUACGAGAGCCAGAAGUCGGCGCAGGUGCGGGAGAUGGCGGAUAUGCGGCGCGCGAUGGAGGAGCUGCGAGGCGACCUCGAUCGCCUUCGUACAAACUUCGCAGAUGAGGAGCGAAGGAGGAGGGAGGAAGAGGAGGAGCGGUUGGGCGCGAUCGAGCGCGAGAAGGAGCGUGCGGAGAGGAAGUUGGAUAAAGUAUCCGAGCUGGCCAGGAGGUUGGACAGGGAGCUGAAGGAGGAGAAGGCCGUCACGAGCGGAUUGAUGGGAAAUAUAUCUCGCUUGAAGGACCAACUACGCGACGCUGAGGAGGAGAAGGUGGCGCUGAAGGCACAGAUCACGGAGUUAGAAGAUCAACUAAGGGACGUGAUGUUCUUCCUGGACGCGAAGACGAAGAUCGAGGAGAGCGAGGGUAUUGGAGCAGAAAUGGCUGGGGGCAGCAUCGAACUGGCGCCGUCGACACCGAGCCGCUCCAACGCAAAGAAGAAGGGCAAGCAGAAGAAGUAA